AAUAAGCGUCACGUUCAUUCCUGGUUUACAUGUCUGGCUCAAAUACUAUGCGUCAAGGACAGUACGGCUGGUUACCUCUUGAACUGCUUUCAUUCACUGGGGCUCACAUGUCUCCGGAUGCGCAUCCGACUAUGGCUUCCGGCAGAAUGGUUGGUUGCCAAGACAAGCAGCAGAAAGAAAAUUAAACCUGCAACAAUCAUUUCAAGUCUCAACUGGAACCGGAAGGUCAAUUGGAAAUCGGUCACACGUCAAACACUGAUGACACACACUGCGAGUAAUUGUCAAGUAUCUCAAAUUACCAUGCGCCUAUGCUAUGCUCGUUGAUCUAUGGGGGUAUGAUUACAUAAUGCAUGCUUCUG